AUGGAACUCUAUCUAGUCAUACCAAUAGUUUUAUGCAUAUUUUGCAACAAAGGCACUCUAGUUCUUGGGGAUAUUGGCACUGCCACUUCUUAUAAUCCCCCAUACACUCCGACUAGGUGCGGUGGGAACAGGGCAGACCAGUUCCCGGCGGGGAAUCUGUUCGUAGCGGUAAGCGAGGGGCUGUGGGACAAUGGAGCUGCUUGCGGGCGGCGCUACCGGCUGAGCUGCCUGAGCGGCAACAACCGGCCGUGCAAGGGUGACACCAUCGACGUUAGGGUGGUGGAUUUCUGCCCCAAACGCCCAUGCCCUUCAACUAUUGUCCUGUCCAGUGAUGCCUUUGCGCAGAUUUCCAAUUCUCCAAACGCCAAAAUCAACAUUGAGUAUAUCCAGAUUUGACGCAGAAGAAGUGCAGGAAUCCUCCGGUAGCUAGGUAGUCAAAAGGUAUAGGAAAACCAACAAAUAAUGUACCUUAGGAACUACCAACCUCUUGUAGUUUUUACAGCCAAGAUGACUAAGGAUACAAACUUGUAACCACAAGGCAGGUUUUCCCUCGUCACCUCAAAAAAAAUAUAUAUAUAUAUAUAUAGUGUUGCUUUAUAUAUAUGGAGAACCUCUCCCCGUACUUGAAAAAGUAAAAUGAACUUCAUUUCAAAAACUCAUUAAGAUUACAAACUAAUUUCAAUAAGAA